AUGGAGAUGAACGUCGACACCUUCCCCGCUAUCGCCCACUACAAAGGUCCGCCCUUGGUCGGCUUCAUCGCGACCUCUAUCCUCUUUGGGUGCAGCCUGAUGUCCCUCAUGCACUACUGGCAAUUCAGCUAUGCGACAGACCGCAGGGGGAUGAAGGCUUUCGUGGUGUUGCUCGCAUUCUGGUCCGUCAUCACUACAGCCUUCGUACUCGCCACGACACUCCGGCAGUUUGCGUUCCGGUUUGGGCUAAGGCCCAGCCCUCAAGAUCCGAUCUGGAACUCGAUGAACUAUCUUCUCGACUGUUCAGUGCAUAUCCUCGUCAGCGGGUUCUACGCACGGCGGGCGUGGAAACUGCACGAUCGAGCCCUAUAUUUGGCUGUCGCUUUGACUUCGACCCUAAUGAUUAACGCUGCGGGAGCUAUUGGUGCCAUGGUCACUGGCAUCUACACAGUCGAUGAGAAACGCCUCCAGCUUGCCAACGUGUUCACCUACAUCUGGCUUGGAAGCCAACUCGCGGCGGACACGGCCAUCACCGCGCUCAUCAUUGUCAAGCUUCUAUCUUCUCGGACUGGGUGGAAGCAGACCGAUUCCUUGAUCCACAAGCUGGUCGUCGUCGGUAUCGAAACUCAACUCCCACCCGCCAUCUUCACCCUUGCUUUCCUCAUCACAUACAUCACCGCCCCCUCUCCGGCGUAUAUCGGCUUCUUCGUGUGCACGCCCAUGGUCUAUAUCCUUUGUGUCCUCGAGACGCUCAACUCGCGAUACAAGCUCUCUGUCCGAAUGCUCAGCGAGACAUCCGGCACUUGGAAAGACGAGAUCAAAUCGCACAACCGGUCCAUGCCCGCAUGCAACAUCAACAUCACCACCGAGACGUACUCUCAUUCCGAGGCCGCAGGCUCUAUCGGUAUCGCUGGGAAACGCGCCUCCACUCACAGUGUGGCUCGCCUGGACGACUCGACCGACUCACUCCCGGACGGUCAGGAAGAUGCCAAGGAUAUGAACACGUCCGAGAUCCGCCUGGUCUGA